AUGGGUACCUUCAGGCUUCCAAUUCUAGCAGGGGUCAUGGCCCUUCUAGUCGGCAUUUUAUCCAUCUCAAUUACACCCUUAACAGACCUGAUCAUCCAAAAAAGCCUAAUUUACAACUUUCCCCUACCGUUUCUGUCUCAGCCGACAGUAUUUGAUCCUGUUCGCGAUAUAACCUAUCAUGGAUCGUUUUCAAGCGCGAGAAUCGAAAACUUUCAUAAUAUCUUCUAUGCCCUAGAGCCAUCGGGUGCCCGUCGCUUUGCUCCCCCUGUCCCGUUGGAACAUGCGGCUGGUUCCGUUAUCGAUGCCACGACACCUGGUGCUUGGUGCCCACAGGGAACUGGUGAUGUUUUGCCGUUUACUAGUCGCGUAACCAAUGUUAGUGAGAAUUGUUUGAGCUUACGGAUCGCGAGAUCUCGAGGCGUUAAGGCUGGGGAUAAUAUUCCUGUGGUUGUAUGGAUGCAUGGCGGUGGCCAUGCCCUUGGGUCUGCAGAGGAAGUUCUGUAUCGCUCUGAUGGGUUUGUUGAGCAGGCUACGCGAGAUCGUCAACCUGUUCUGUUUGUGGGAUUUAACUAUCGACUUGGAGUCUUUGGCUUCGCUACCGGUGAAGCAUUGAUCAAUUUGAAGCAUACGAAUGCUGGGUUAAGAGAUCAGCGUGCUGCAUUUGAAUGGGUACGAGACAAUAUUCACGCAUUUGGCGGCGAUCCUCAAAGAGUAACUGCCAUAGGGCAAAGCGUCGGCGCAAGCGACAUAAGUCUUCAAUUGACAGCUUUCGGUGGCGAGCGGGGCGUGCCAUUUCAACAAGCAAUGAUGAUGUCAGGUGGCCCAGGCUUGAAUUUCAACACAAAAUCCCAACUAGUCGCCGAGAAAACAGCUGCAGUAGCAAAGCAGAUAGGCUGCACCGAAAAGGACAACGACGAAUCUGAGGAAGUACUCAAUUGUCUCCGGAACGUACCUUUCGAAGCUAUAUCGAAUAUUUCAGUGCCGAUGGCUCGCUCUGCUCGCCCACCCUUCGGCGAGGGAUUUUUCUAUCCAACAUACGACAACGACUUCGUGAUAGAUCGUCCAACGGAGUCAAUGCGAAACGGCCGCUUCGUAAAAGGUAUCCCAAUUAUAAUAUCGUGGGUUACUAAUGACGGGGCAUGGUACGCACCGCCAUCUACGGCAAGUGACGAGGAUGUUCUUAAUAGUUUUGGGUUAUGGAUAUACAACCUUUCGAAAGAAACGAACGCAAAGCUGCUGGAGCUUUACCCUGUUUCUGCAUUUGAGCAUAUGGCUGGCCCUGGUGUUGAAGACUCUGUGUCGCCGCAGUAUUAUCGUGCUGCGCAAAUGAAUCGGGAUAUCUGGUUUACUUGUCCUGUGCUGGACUUUGCGUGGCAGUAUGUCAAGCGUGGGGGAGUUGGGGCGGAUCAGCUGUGGGUUUAUGAGCACAAUGCAACUCGAUUUGCACCUGCGUAUGAGAUUAUGGGGGUACCGAUGUGGAGAGUCGCUCAUUUGAGUGAUAUUCCUUAUGUGUUGAAUAACUUACAUAUGGAUGGUCCCGUUGAUAACUCUGCCGCGCAGCUAGCCUUGGGAUUGGAGAUGAGCAGGGCUGUUGUUAGGUUUGUGAACCAUGGUUCUCCAGAGGGUGAGGUUAUGUGGCCGGCUGCAUUUCGGCAUGUUUCCAGUGAAGAGCUGGAUGAGGAUUCCGUCAAAAGGUUUACGAUGAAGUUGUUUGGUGGUCCCCAUGGAUCGCAGUAUGUUGCCGCUCAAGAGAAUCGUGCAGCGGAUGAGUUAAAUUCCUCUGAACAGGCCGUUGAUUGGGAACAGCUAUUUAAACGGUGCGAGUUUAUCAAUAGCCCGAAGUUUAGGGAAGAAGCCGGGGUUUGA